AUGAUUGUUGCACCCUUAAACAAAGAUGUAUGUGUUCCUAACCCAUGUAUUAAUGGAGGAACCUGUAAACGUGAAGUUCUUAUUCAUCCUGGUCAUAUCCACGUGUCCGCGGAGUUCACAUGCGUCUGUCCUCCCGGAUUUGCACCACCAGAUUGUAGAAACAAAACGGAUGAUCCCUGUGUGCCAAAUCCCUGUUUAAAUGGUGGCAAGUGCCAAAAAGACCCAUCCAGUACGAAUGGAUACAUUUGCAAAUGCCUUGGUCCGCAUUUUGUCCCUCCAAAAUGUCGUUGUGACUGUCCACAAGGUGACCCGUCUCAAAAACCACCAAUCCUUGCCUCAAAAUGUGAUCUUGCUGGUGAAUGCGUAUGUCCUGUAGGAUAUACCUUUCAGGCCGGUGUGGGAUGUAAAUCGGGGAGACAAAAUCCAUGCUUUGAGAAACCUUGUCUGAAUAACGGCACGUGCGUCCCAGAGGGCGACAAGUAUAGAUGUAUCUGUACAGAAAACUGUAAAGGGAACAUUUGUCAAACCUGCGACUUCUGCCCUCCUGACUAUUGUUUCAAUGGCGGCACGUGUUAUUCUGUUGGACACAAGCCCUACUGUCGAUGUAGAAAUGAGUUCCUGCCUCCAAGGUGUCUCUUCAAGAAGCCCGUUCAAAAAGUGUAUCACUGCCAUCCUAAUCCUUGUCAUAAUGGAGGAAAAUGCAUCGAAAGAGUGAAUGGCUUUGAUUGCCAGUGUGUCCCACCCUUCGAUGGACCUCACUGUGAACAUGAUAAAUGUAUGGACUGUGAUGUCCACGCCUUAUGUAUCCAUGGUCAGUGUAAAUGUCGGAGAGGAUUUCGAGGAAGUGGAUAUAAGGGCGACUGUAUUAAAGAAAGCGUAUGUCCUAUUUGCCCAGUAAAUGCAAUGUGCGUUGAUAACGGCUGUGAGUGCGUUCCUGGGUUUAUGCUGGUCAAACAAAAAUGUAUUCCAGUAAUGACUCCAUAAAUGUAAAAAUCUCUAGCGGACACUAAAUAGGUUUUGCACCAUCACGUGCCCACGCCCAUAAUACAGCGUGGACUGCCUGUGGUUAGAUGGCACAAAAAUAAAAUUCCUUUUCUCAAGGGAAUUGAAUUAUUUUUCAUGUAGAACAAUGUUGUCCUUGCCAUUUAACAUGGCUGACCUUACGUGAUGGUGCAAAGCCUCUAUAUGAGAUAUUGCAUAUAAAUAAAACGAUCAAGAUAUUCAAGGAGAUCACAGGUAACCCAAGCUAGGUUCUUGUGGUGUCAUAUUAUAAGAAAACGGUUGGCGGUACUAAAAAAGGUCAAUAAAUAUGUCAAGAUGUGAAAUAAAGUAAAGAAAUCUUAGCUAGCUUUUUGAAAAGUAGUACUUCAGAUUUAAAGUUUUUUUCCUCGCUGUUUUUUAAGUAUCUAUCGCCUUACAUUUUCUAAUCAUAUGACACUACAGAAACCUAGCUUGGGCUACCUGUGAGGAGAUGCGAGGGAUUUCUAGCAUAAAAAAGCUAGUAUCUUCAAAAAGGUUUCUAAAACUAUGUAAAAAUAAACCAAGUGUUUAAUCAAGUUUAUUAACAAAUAGAAUUCAGUUAUUUAUAAUUAUUCAUUUACAUUUAUUUAAUCUAAUAAUAAACGAUUUACUAUAAUGUGA